GGAAAAUAAAAAGCAACAAUCAUGUAUGCGUAGUAUAGCUCAAGUAACUCCCUUUCUUUACGUAAAUUCUCCUCAAAGCAACAACCAUUCUCUUUGCCAGAGCUCUCCCUCGCAGGCGCUCAAAAAGAGUCCCAAGCAUCAGCAAUCCCUCUCUUCUGCUUAUACCUUCAACCUCUCUCUCACUCUCUGGGGAAUUCAUCAAACAUGUCUCUAACAAUCACAGCUUUUGCUUCCCUUCUUACAAUCUCCCUACUUUCAACCCCAUCAACUUCCUCCCUUGUGUCUUUUGUUUUCGGUGGAUGUUCGCAGCAAAAAUACAUCUCAGGCUCUCCUUAUGAAUCUAAUGUCAACUCUCUACUCACCUCCCUGGUUAACUCAGCCACCUUCAAUAAUUACAACAACUUCACCAUCCAGAGUCCUUCCUCACAGGACACUCUCUACGGCCUCUACCAAUGCCGUGGAGACCUCUCCAAUGGUGACUGUGCUCGCUGUGUUGCUAGCGCAGUGAGUCAACUCGGCACUCUCUGUCUUGACUCUUGCGGUGGCGCGCUGCAACUCGAUGGGUGUUUCGUUAAGUAUGAUAAUACCAGUUUUUUGGGUGUGGAGGACAAGACAGUGGUGUUGAAGAAAUGCGGGCCGACGAUUGGGUAUGAGUCUGACUCGUUGACCAGGCGCGACGCGUUGCUGGGUUACUUGGUAGCCAACGACGGGUCCUACAAGCCUUACAGGGUUGGUGGGUCCGGUGACAUCUACGGUGUGGCUCAGUGUGUACAGGAUUUAAGUGCGAGUGAAUGCCAGGAUUGCUUAUCGGAGGCGGUCGGACGGCUGAAAACGGACUGUGGGCCGGCCGCUUCGGGUGACAUGUACCUCGCCAAGUGCUAUGUGCGAUUCUCGGAACGCGGGGCUCACUCGCACGGUGGAGAUGAUGAGAAUAAUGAUGAUGAGAUAGAGAAGACACUUGCAAUCUUAAUUGGACUCAUUGCUGGGGUUGCUCUACUCAUUGUAUUCCUUUCUUUCUUGAGAAAAGUGUGUGAAAAAGGAAAAGGUGGUAAAUAGAAGAAAAACUUGUGGGCAUAUCAGGGAUUGCAUGCUCCUCUCUUUGGUAAUUCAUCUUUUUUGCUUCACUUUUGCAUUGUGGUGUCAACUUUUCUUUUUCCCCCUCUCCCAUUGCUCUUUUUUUUUUUUAAAGUUUCUUUCAUAUCUCCCUAUAAAAAGAGAGCAUGAAAGGGUAGAUAGAAAGAUAUUCUUCUUGAAACAGGUUACCUUGGAACAAGAGAAAAAGAAAGUCGCAAUAAGGUGAAAAGCCUAAAGGUUCCACUCUCUUCUUACAACUUCUUGAGUCUUAGAUCCAUGUUCAUUAGCUUUUAUUUCUAAUGAAAAUUACUUGUAUAAAUAGUGAACACUUUUGUAAAAGUGCUCUUUGUAGUACUGUAGUUAGUGCUUUUGAUGGGUGUUUUUCAUCCAAAAGUUUAGGCUAUAUAUACCAUUGUUCUCCUUCAAUUUUAUAUCAUUUCAUUUUCUACUUC